AUGUCUUUGAACAUACGAUCAUCGCUCUUACCACAAUGCACGUCAUGCCUACGACGCAUCAGCAGCCUAGGUCUGCAAGAAUGGCGUAGUGGACAACAGGUUCGCGGCAAGAAGAAGAUCGCCAACUUGCCUACUACCGUCACAGUACGCCUCACCAAGGAUGUACCAACUUUUGGUCGCAAGGGCUCCUACGUCCCCAUAUCGAUCGGACGCAUGCGCAACGAGUUCUUCCCGACAAGAAGCGCCGAAUACGUGACGAGCGUGCAAUUGAAAGAGAUGAAGGCAAAGAACAUCACCGCCGAGCGAGACUUCCAGUUCGGCGUGCCUGACCCGGCCGUGGUCAAGACAGUCGAGCCACAGUCUCUGCGCUCACCUACUCGCACCGUUGAAGUGGAGAAGUUGGCGCCCAAGCGCUCAAUCGAACUACUCUCCAUGCUCCUUCCCCCAGUCAUGGAGUUCCGACGAAGAUCUCAGAAAGCUCCCACUCCUGCAAUCGAGACACCAAACCCGGCGAAGGCCCAGCGAGGCUUCUCGAGCGCUGCUGCUGACCUCCUCGCUGCUCAGACUGCUCCCCCACCAGCUCCAAAUGAUUUCGCGACACCACUCUUCGGAUCGAUUUCUACUGCCGACGUUGCUAGCAGGAUCAAACAUCUCCUUGGAGACAAUCAAGAAGCAUCACGAAUUGUUCUGGCUGCUGAAGACCUCAAGUUUGUCAGCCUGACAUCGCAAGCACCUGCCGAAUCCGACAAGAUUGGACAUCUGGGAGAUUAUAAAGUCGAGGUCAGAGUGAAAGGAGGAGAACUGCCUGUUGAAAGAAUCGUCCGCGUGCUUCCCAUCGAGAACGAGAGCGACAUGAUUUCGCCUAGCUCGUAG